AGACAGACAACUUCUUCCCAUCGUAUGUUGGGGUGAUAACUGUGAUGGAGAAAGAGAGGAAGAGCCAGCGGUGCCUCCGGCUGGGGAGGCGGGGCAGACCUCACCGAGGUGGUGACAUUUGAGCCCCAGCUGGAGGGGUGCCAGGGCAAGAGUGUCCAGGAAGAGGGAAGAGCCAGUCCACAGGCCUGGAGACAGAAGGCUGACUGAAGAAGAGUCUGGAGGCUCGGGUGGCUGCAGCAGAGAAAGCAAGGGGGUGGGUGGCAGGACGUGAGGUCAGAGGAGAAUGGGCGGCACCCUGUGGCUCACAGAUCCUUGAAAGGGUUUUGGUUUUGACUGAGCAGAACGGUACCAUUGCAGAUCAACACGCACUUUAAAUAAUCAAAACCCCUAUCUUUCCCCUGGGAAGGAGGAGGCCGAGGAAGGCUGUGUUUCUGACUCACACGGGGGAGUCGGGGGAGUCGUAAACAACCCUGAAGAGAACAGCCAGGCCUGGUGAGUCACUCCUGGGAGUGGCUCCUCCCCACCCUGCCACGCAGCGGCAACUGGGGGCUGGGCCUACCCCCUGGUGGCCACGCUCCCUCCGCACCUGGCCUCUCUCUGUGGCAUGGGGGCGGCUGUGCCCCUUGGUGGAGAUGAAUGGGAGUGGAGCUGGGCUGGCUGGGCAGGCAGGGGCUUGCCUCUUGCUGACUAAGGCAGCCCUGGAGGGGCCCGACCAUGGGGCAGGAACCCGGUUGCCAUCCUCAGAGCGAGGAUCAUUGGCCGGGCUCGGGGAUCAGGGCCUCUGUGGUCCCGGCACGCCUGGCCCGUGAGACUGUACUCUGCACGACUCCUCCAGGUGGCCAGGGUCACCGGAACCGGCUCGCUCCCCUCUGCCAGUUGCCGGAGGUCUGGGCACCAGGCCAAUUCUCACCUUCCCGCCAGGGUUAAACAUUAGUGGGAGGUUAUCAGCGUGGGCCAGGGGAGGGAGAGGGGGGAAUUCAACUCUGUCUCCUCUGCUGGAGCCGCCAGUUCCCGCAAGCCCAGACAAUGCCGGUGGAGGAAUUUGUAGCUGGCUGGAUCUCUGGCGCUCUGGGCUUGGUCCUGGGACACCCGUUUGACACUGUAAAGGUGAGGCUGCAGACCCAGACCACCUACCGGGGCAUCGUUGAUUGCAUGGUCAAGAUUUACCGCCAUGAGUCCGCCUACUGUCUGGCUCCUUUUGACCUCAUCAAAGUCCGGCUACAAAACCAGACAGAGCCAAGGGCCCAGCCAGGGAGCCCCCCACCCCGGUACCAGGGGCCCGUGCACUGUGCAGCCUCCAUCUUCCGGGAGGAGGGGCCCCGGGGGCUGUUCCGAGGAGCCUGGGCCCUGACGCUGAGGGACACCCCCACGGUGGGGAUCUACUUCAUCACCUAUGAAGGGCUCUGUCGCCAGUACACACCAGAAGGCCAGAAUCCCAGCUCAGCCACGGUGCUGGUCGCAGGGGGCUUUGCAGGCAUUGCUUCCUGGGUGGCAGCCACGCCUUUAGACGUGAUCAAGUCCCGGAUGCAGAUGGAUGGACUGAGACGCAGAGUGUACCAGGGGAUGCUGGACUGCAUGGUGAGCAGCGUCCGGCAGGAAGGACUGGGGGUCUUCUUCCGGGGGGUCACCAUCAACAGUGCCCGCGCUUUUCCCGUCAAUGCUGUCACCUUCCUCAGCUACGAAUAUCUCCUCCGCUGGUGGGGAUGAGCCCUGUGGCAAUGCCAGCAGCUCCCCAUCAGGCCCACGGCCCGGAGGCCAGUUUGAGAUUGGAGGCCAGGUUGAAAGCUUGCAAAUCAGUGCAAGAGGCUCAGCCCUUCCUAACCAAGGCGCCUCCCACCUGCGCAGAUCUGGGCUGGGCAGACACCUGUGGGAGCCAGAAGCCUGGGGGCCUGUGCAGCCUCCCUGUGUAGCUGGCCUUGACUCCUUGGCCUCCCACAUCUGUGAAACAGGGAGCAUGAGGCACAAGUGAGCCAGCAAGUGGUGCUGGUGACAUCCCAGCCCCUGUCCUGUGCCUUCACCUCUUUUUUUUUUUUUUUUUUUGAGAUGGAGUCUUUCUCUGUCACCCAGGCUGGAAUGCAGUGGCGUGAUCUCAGCUCACUGCAACCUCCGCCUUUCCACCUUCCGGGUUCAAGCAACUCUCCUGCCUCAGCCUCCCAAGUAGCUGGGACUAUAGGCGCCCACCACCACACCCAGCUAAUUUUUUGUAUUUUUAGUAGAGACAGGGUUUCACCAUGUUAGCCAGGAUGGUCUUGAUCUCCUGACUUUGUGAUCCACCCGCGUCGGCCUCUCAAAGUGCUGGGAUUACAGGCGUGAGCCACCGUGCCCGGCCACCUUCACCUCUUAAGGAGCUCUGAGACUCCGCUUCUGAGAGUCCCUGCGGCCUCCCACCUCCCUGCCUUUCAAAGCUCUCUCCCCCAUGACCCAGGAUAACCCUAUAUCUCCUCCUCCAGAAUCCUUCAGUGGCUCUCAUCACCUUCAGGAAAAGCCCAAACUCCUUCUGCCCUCCAGGUUCCUCCCUCCCCACGAGGCUUUGUUCUCCUGGGGUUGCUUUCUGGACCCUGAACAAGUUGUGCUCUCAUUGGCCGGGCCUGACCAGCAGUGCACAGUGCCUGGCAGGUUGACUCUACCAUCCCCAGGGCUGGCCCCGCUCUCCUCCGAGACCCAGGCUGAGCCCAGUCUCCUCGCCCUUCCUUGACUUACCUCCCCACCUGAGGCUGACUUUGGGGUUCCCAGACACCCCACCUGCACACAUGCCUUGAUCAUAGCACUUGCCUGCGCUUCUUCAGAGUCAUUAAUUUGCUUCUCGGCUUCCCCACUGGACUGUGAGCUCCCUGAGGUCAGGGAUUGCACUUUGGAUGGUUUCCAGCCUGAGCCUGGUGCUUGAACAGACGUGUGCAAUAAAUGCUCGUUAAAUGAUG